GAAUUUGUUAUUGGGAGAAUGUGAGAAGCUUGCUGCAAAUUGUCCAGCUGCCUUCCGUAUUCAUGGACACCCAUCCUCCCCCUGACUCUUUGAGAAAAGUGAGCUCCCAGCGUCUGCCUCCUCCGGCCCUUUUUCAGGGUCCGCCGUCCCACAAUGCAUCGAAUCUAUCGCUUCAACCGCCCGUACCUUCGGUAGUUACUACUGGAGGUGAUCAAAAUGGGUCGCAAAUCCCUCUGUUGCAUCGCAGGCGCUCUUCACCAAAGCCUCUCGACGCACCUGGUCUCUCUCCGUUUUUGUCCCGCACUCAGUCUAGGGGUGAGGUAGAUGGCUCCGAUGCGCUCUGGGAGGAAAUGCAGAGCGCCCUUUCUGACGUGGAAGUCAGCGCGGCUGUCCGGGGACAUGUAUUUGGGGAGAAGCAUUCCGAAGCACUCGAGAAUCUGCGAAUGAAACAUAUACGGCUUGCGCAGGCAUGGGGGCGGGAUGAAACCGAGGAUGACGGCGUCAGUCGCAAUGCUGCUAUGGCAGAGCCACCAUCUUUGAGGCGAGACUCGCGGGCUGCUGCCGAUAUGCCCGUUGAGGUGGAUGAAUCACCUAAGAAUCUGGACGAAGAAACGGAGAAAGACAUCCAGCUUGCGCGGGAAAGGCGAGAAGCAAACGAUCGGUAUUUUGAGCGAGUCAAUCAUAGCGUGUUGGACGUUGUAGCAAAGCUGGAGGACAUAGCUCAAGCUAUGCGUGCAAUGGAAGCCGAAAGCAAGGACAUUUGGAAUGAAGAUGACAGUUUAAGCACGUCUACACAGGCCACUGUCAAUACAGCUGGUUGA